GGAUUCUGCAGCGCGAACUGCAAAAUGUGCAGGUGAACCAGAAAGUGGACAUGUUCGAGGCGCAAAUCCAGGCCCAGAGCUCUGCCGUCCAAGCCCCCCGAAGCCCGCGUCUGGGCAGGGCUCGUUCGCCCUCCCCGUGUCCCUUCCGAAGCAGCAGCCAGCCCCCUGGAAGGGUCUUGGCGCAGUGCUCCCCAAGUGAGGAACGGAGGACAAAGUCCUGGGGAGAUCAAUGUACAGAGACCCCAGACCCCAACUCUGGGAGGAGAAGCAGGCUCAGCCCACACCCCUGGAAGGACAAGGAGGGAGUGGCCCCUCUUUUACGCCCUGCCAGCCCGACCAGGUUAGGGACUCAGAGUCCAUCUGCUUCAGUGAGGAUGGAGGGAGGCACCCGGGCCAAUCCCCGCUGUGGCUCACCCACAGCCAUGGAAAUUGACAAGAGGGUUGCUCCCUCACCGGAGCACUUUGGAACUAGUUUAGCAUUGACCACUAAAGUGGCAGCUUCAGCCUCAUCCGUUGGACCACACCCUGGACAUGAUUCUGCCCUCAUGGAGGCAGCCUGCGAGCUCCGGGGCGUGCGCCCCUGGGAGGCGCAGAUGGAGAGACAGGGGCAGUUUCUGGACAGGGAGACAGGCUCAGCCUCCGAGCCUGGCCGGACCCACAUUAGAGAGCCUCCUGGGAGAGUGGGGAGAGGAAUUCACCCUGUUGGUGGGCAAGGUUCCUGGACACCUGAAGUCAUCAAAAGGCCAGAAGAGAGGACUGUGAAUGCCCAAAGCUCAGAGGCUUCGGACGACCCGAGAUGGUCUAGACUGCCAGGAGACCUAGGCUCCGUAGGUCCUGAGGAGGCAGGAAGUAGGAUCGCAGGGAUCCCAGCACCCGAGCAGACCCUGAACAUUGUGGGAGAAGGGUCUCCAGCACUGGGCUUGCUUGGGGGCAGCCAGGCAGCACAGCCAGGGACCAGGGAUGUCGGGGCAGAAACUCUUUGUGUCACAAUGCUGGGACCUUUACCACCUGGGGAAGUGGCAACAGAUUUGAAAGAACCCCGGUGCCUCCCUGGGGACAGGAUGGGUGUGCAGCCUGAGAGUUCCAGGGUUUGGCAAAGUGCUGUGGAGGAAGGUCCCUUGAUCUGGACGUGUGACACAGGGGUACAGCUGAUGGAAACUUGGGGAAGCCAGCUGCAUGACAGAGAUGCUCAUCGAAGCUGCCAAGAGAUGCCCCCAGAUCAGAAGGACGAGGCCUCCUUCAAAGAGGCCUGCAGCCCCAGCAGCGUCCCUGCCAUCCCAGCUGUCAUCAUCACAGACAUGGGUGCUCAGGAGGAUGGGGGCUUAGAUGAAAUCCAAGGAAGCCCUCGGGGUCCCCUGCCUCUGAGGAAGCUUUCAUCCUCCUCGGCCUCCUCCACUGGCUUCUCCUCUUCCUAUGAGGACUCAGAGGAGGACAUCUCCAGUGACCCUGAGCGCACGCUGGACCCCAACUCAGCCUUUUUGCAUACUCUCGACCAGCAGAAGCCCAGAGUGAGCAAGUCAUGGAGGAAGAUAAAGAACAUGGUGCAGUGGUCCCCCUUUGUCAUGUCCUUCAAGAAGAAGUACCCCUGGAUCCAGCUGGCAGGACAUGCAGGGAGCUUCAAGGCAGCUGCCAAUGGCCGCAUCCUAAAGAAGCACUGUGAGUCUGAGCAGCGAUGCUUGGACCGGCUCAUGGUUGAUGUGUUGAGACCCUUCGUGCCAGCCUACCAUGGGGACGUGGUGAAGGACGGGGAACGCUACAACCAGAUGGAUGACCUGCUGGCUGACUUCGAUUCACCCUGCGUGAUGGAUUGCAAGAUGGGCAUCAGGACAUACCUGGAGGAAGAACUCACCAAGGCCCGGAAGAAGCCUAGCUUGCGGAAGGACAUGUAUCAGAAGAUGGUUGAAGUAGACCCCGAGGCCCCGACUGAGGAGGAGAAAGCUCAGCGAGCUGUGACCAAGCCACGUUACAUGCAGUGGCGAGAAACCAUCAGUUCCACAGCUACCCUGGGCUUCAGGAUCGAGGGCAUUAAGAAGGAAGAUGGCUCUGUGAACCGUGACUUCAAGAAGACCAAAACGAGGGAACAGGUCACUGAGGCCUUCAGAGAAUUCACUAAAGGAAACCAGAACAUCCUGAUCGCCUACCGGGACCGGCUGAAGGCCAUUCGAGAAACUCUGGAAAUCUCUCCCUUCUUCAAGUGUCAUGAGGUCAUUGGCAGCUCACUCCUUUUCAUCCAUGACAAGAAGGAGCAAGCCAAGGUGUGGAUGAUUGACUUCGGGAAAACUACACCCCUACCGGAAGGCCAGACCCUACAACACGACGUCCCCUGGCAGGAGGGGAACCGGGAGGAUGGCUACCUCUCGGGGCUGAACAACCUCAUCGACAUCCUGACAGAAAUGUCCCAGGGCAGCCCACUCACCUGAGGCCACCGCCACCUUGCCUGCCACCUCUGCCUCUCCCACUCCCUGGCUUCCCCUAACUCUUCUUCAUUCCUCUCUGAGCGCCCACCUAGAACAGAGCCUCCCAUCUGCACUACAGGACACUUAGGAGAAGAAAAGACAUUUUCUAAGUCUCUUUCCUGCCUACACAAGGGCCUGGAGGUGGCGUUUCUAAUUUUCUCUAAAUAGAACUGCCUUCUGGAAGAGAAUUACCCAAAGCUAUGCCCUGCAUCCCGCACAGUCAGUUGCACUUAGGGCUGGCCUGGGCCCAAGAGGCCCUGGGAUCUCACGAGGGUCUUGAGAAAUUGAGCCUCCCUCUGAAAGACCCCCCAGAAAGUUCAGGCCCAGACUGGCUACCCGUGGAGACCUGCUGCCCCCUGGUGGCUGGUGCCAUCAGUAUACAAUGCCCCAUUGGAGCCUCCCACCAUGGGCUCUGAAGCCAGGCCAGGGUCCUGAUUUCUGGGAGUUGGGAACACAGCCUCUGAGGAAUCUGCAUGUGGCUUAUGAGUAAAGAAUUCUCCAGUGAGAGGGCCCAGCUUCCAGGAGCACUGUGUGCCCUUUCUAGAGAUGCUAAAUCAGGCCCCACCUCGCUGGUAUUAAACACUUAGGAUUCAGGCCAGGCUAGGAGCCAGGAGUAUGGGGAGCAGCUUGACUGUUUCUAAAGAACUUUGCUCUUCUAUCUGGGACCACUGCCCAUGAAUUCAGAGGGGUCAUUCUGCAAAGCUAAGCGUCCAGGGAUGAUGCUACAUCCUAGAGCCCUAGAUCUGCCCUGCUAUGGAACGGUCCAGAGCUGGGUAGAAUACUCAAGGUCCAUACCAACUUCCAGGGAUCUGCAGCAGCUCUGAGAGCCUGCCAUACCGAGGAGAGGAGACUACUGUCUUGUCCCUUCAAAUCGUUGGUAGCCAGGAACCCCUGCCUCCAUACCUGGAGUCCCUCCAUAGGGGAACCUUUAACAAUUCGGGCUGUACCAGGCCUUAGGGAAGCAAGAUUUGAGCUUCCUGGAAUAAUUUAUAAAUUUCCCUUGAAGUCUCUUGCUCUUCCACUUGAAGGGCUUAUACCCAUGUUUCUCACUGUCGUGUGGGUAGUUCCCAGAGCUCAUAGGGGUACCCAGGACUGUCCCGAGCCUCCUCCUUCCUGAAGCCCUGAGCUGCUUGAAGGGCCGUGGGGGACCAUUGUUAAUCACCACCUCAACUGUGAGGCCAGUGACCUGUCUGACUGAAAAGAGUAUAUGAUUUGUGUGACAGCUAAAAGACAACUCCCAGCUUUGUUGCCAUUUGGAGCUAUCCUCUGGACUUGUCACCUCCUCUAUUACUGAGAUACUCUGGGUCACAUGUACAGAUGCUCUUCUGGGUGCCAGGCCAGCAGACACAGCUUGGGAAGACCAAGGGAAAUGGGGUAGACCACUGGGUCCACACCUAGAAAGAUAGCUUUGGGCAGGGGUGGCCGUCUUGGCCGCCUACCCUAGCUCCCUGGAGUUUCUAGAAGAACUGUUGGCCCAUGUGACAUAUGUGUUUCCCCUUUCAUGCUGGUGGGUGAGUGACAGUUGGUGGGGGCGGGAGGGGGGACCCGGGAGGAGGCAGAAGUACAGAUUUUAAAAAAGGAACUCAUUUAAACUUCCUGGCUCCUGUUCAGAUGGUGGUGAGGCUCCUGUGUGGGCUGACUUUCUAAAGGUCACGCCACACCCCCCCCCACCCUGCACCCCCAUCAGUGAGCCCAGACCUUGUGACAGCACGUGAUUGGGGAGAGAGGCAGCCUGAAGUGGGGGAGGCAGUAGCAACCGGGCAGCAAGCUCUGGGACUGUCCAGCUGUAGUUGCUGGAGGGCUUGAGAGGACCCUGUGGUCUGUACAUCAGCUGUACCCUGGGAAGGGGCAUCAUGAAUUCCAAGAGUGUAGCGAUGAUCUGGCCCAAACUCCUCCACUGCUAUCUCAGCAAAAAUGUCUUCUAAAGCAAACUAUGCUAUGAACAAAAUUGCCAGGGACCAGUUCAAUGUAUGUAAGAGAACAUAACUCACCAAGCACUUUAAUAUCACAGAAAUGUGCUCAGGUGCUGUGACACCUGUCAGCAAGAGCUUAGGACAGUGCUGGACAGUGCUUUGCACUGGGAUGUUUUGUAAAGUGGUGUGGAGAGGCAUCUCUCUAGGGUUAUUCUGUUACUAAGGGUGUUUCGCUUCAUUGGGUUUUUUGUAUUUACCAUGUUAGCACCCACACUGUGUCCCCCGAGCCAUUCUCCCCCUUCCAUCCUGCCAGAGCCUCUCCUCCCUGCCCCACUGGGAUGGAUAGAGCUCAGAUGGAAUUUCCCAGAACCUCUGGCCGUCUGAUACACCAUGUUCACAGUCAUGGUGGAGACGCCCAAGGUCCUGGCUAUGGGACAUGGGGCAGGCUACGUGCACCAAUGUGCAGGUGAGGGUCCACGGAGCCCUCCUGCCCUUGGGCCACCAGAUUUCUUGGUGGUCAGCCCUGCUUUGCACACUCCUCCGAAGGUUGCUGCAGCCGCUUUCCCCAGACUAGACUUUAGUGCCCUUUAAGAAGUGUGUAAGUUAUAUUUAUUUUGUUGUUGUUUAAAUUGCACAAAACACUAAGAGGAAAGGUUGGGCUGCUCCUCCCAAGCUCUGCCUGCCUUCUGGGGGCCUUUCCUUCUUGUCCGGAGGAGCCCUGAGCAGCUGUGGCCUCAAGGAGCUGUUCACCUAGGCUGGUUGUAUUUAGCUUUGAGACUGCCUGUGUUCUGCUAACCCUGUGUGUAUAGGCCCCACCCCCUGCUCCAGGGUGCUCACCCAUCAGUGCCUUCUGGGGAGGAGAGGACCCUUACCGCACCCUGGCUGGCUCUCCUCCUCUGUAUUCCUCUCCCCUUGGGACUGUUACAUCCCUUGCACAGUGCCCAUCAUUUGAUGUAGACAUUCUCCCCUUCCCAAUAAAGGCCUUGGAGACCAGUA